AACAUGACCGAGAUUUCUUCCUUAAACCACAGAGAAUUACACCAGGAACUCAAUAUUAGUUAGUCACGAUGGCAUAAAUAUGGCAGAGCCUCUGUGUGAAAUCUGCGGGGAUGUUAAUGUGUCCACAUGGAGGACCAGAAAGUGCCUUUAAGUAGUUUGAUGUCAGAAACUCAGAGAUCAUGGCAGAAAUAGAGGAGUUGUCCAUCAGACUGAAGAAGCUACUGGUGAGGUUGAAUCUUCAGGAUGGGAAGCAAUUGGGAACCAUGGUGCAGAUCAUAGAGGACCUCCUGUUCCUGUCCCAUACAGAGCACUGUGUUGAGCUGUUUGCGGAUCAAAAUGUCCAUGUGCCUGUGUUGCUGAAAUGCAGCGAAAGCGCCAGCAUCAAAGUUCAGCAGGUUGGCUGGUCUCUGCUGUGUCGGCUGAUGGAAAUCUGUCCUAGCACUCUGGUUAAUCUGGCCAGACCAGUGGACUAUGAGUUCAUAGAUGCGCACAAGCAGAUUCUGAAAGUGCUUUACGAGUACCAUAAUAAAGAUGCCAAGAUGAUGAUGGUGGCCCUGAGAGCUCUGGCUCUGAUGCUGAAGUCAGGUGAGAUCAAGAUGCAGGUUCUGGAUGAGGAGGAAUGGGACGUGUUUUACUCGAUUCUGGAGGCCAUGAAGUCAUUCAGCGACAGAGAAGAAGUUCAGCUACAGGGAUGUACAGCUUUACAACCACUGCUGCAGACAGUUUCUGAGUAUCACCUGGCGGAGUUCAUCGAGAAGAAGGACCAUGAGGUGGUUUUGAACGCGCUCAGAUGCUUUAUGGACAAUGAAAAUGUGGUACUUGAAGCUCUGAAGGUCCUCAUACCACUGGCGGAUCCAGCCAGCAAUGUUGAGAUUCUGAUGUCCAAAACUGUGAAAUGCCACAGUUUAACGUGUCAGGCUAUGGACAUGUGGCUGGACUCCGAGGCGAUACAGGAGGCCGGUUGCUGUUUGCUAUGGAAAUUUACAUCAAAGGGUUACUAUGAUAUGUUGGUGCUCAACCGUGUCCAUAAAGUGACCGUGAAGGGAUGCGUCUCUUAUCCUGACAACGCCACAUUGCAGACCGCAGCUCUUUCCUGUCUGAGUGCCCUUGCGGAGUGUAUUGUACAAAAUGGAGGACUGGAUGAAGAGUGGGAUGAGGAGGAAGAGAAAGUUCUGGUAAAGAAAGAAGCCGCUCAGGCGGAAGAGAUGCUAAUAUGGAGAGAGGCCUGUUAUACGGCUUUAGAGAGACAUGCUGAAGACGUCAAAGUACAGGAAGCUGCAUGUUGGGCUUUAAAUAGUUUGCUUCUCCAUUGCAACACAUCCAACCAUGUGGAACUGGAAGGAAGGCCUCCUCUUCAUACACUCAUCAUGGCUGCGAUGCUUUUGCACUCAUCCAGCGUGAAGGUUUUCCAAGCUGCUUCCUCUACACUGCGCACGCUAAUACAGCGCCACUGCAGGAUAAGAUCUCCGCUGCUCUCACACGGCAUUCAUUUCAACAUCGUGGAGCUGAUGCGGAAACAUCCCAACUCCAGCGCAGUGUGUGAAAGUGCCUGCAAACUAAUUCACACACUCUUCCAGGGAGCGAGGGCCAGUCUGGACGACGGGUUCCUGAUUCUCAGUCAGAUCCUCAUCGCUCUGAAGACUCACAACUUCCUUCCUGAAGUUCAGCUGGAGGGACUGAGAGCAAGCUUAGUUCUUCUUAAUCCAGACAGGAGUUUGAGAGAGCAUGGCGUCUCGGUGGCAGAUCCUGAUAUGGUGGAUGUUUCUCUACAGGUGUUGAAGAACCAGUGUGUCCUAGAGGGAGCUCACACUGUCUAUCUGCAGGCACUCAAUAGGUUUAUCAGCAGCGAGUCCAUUCAGGAGUGUGGUCUUGGCGUCCUGGCAGCGCUAGCCGACAGUUCGGGAGCCGUAGAUCUGAUGUGCCAGCAGGGGGCGAUAGACACCGUUCUGCACACGUUGCAGAUGUUUCCACAGGAGCGCGAUAUUCACUACUGGGGUCUGAGUCUCCUCUUCCAUCUGAUCUCUAAGAAGAAACUGUCUCGUAUGAUGGUUCCUGUGCUGGCGUCUGUGUUGGUCAGCUCUGUGCGGAAACACAAAGAAGACUCAGUCAUGCUGCUCAAGGGCCUGCAGGUGGUGUGGAAGUUAUUGGACACCUGCUCGAGUGCUGCUGUGUGGCUGCAGAAAGAAGCAUUCGAGAAGGAGAUCUUCCAGAUCCUGCGGGAAAACACGGCUGAUCAGCGCAGAGAUCCUCUGCAGGGAAUGAGCUGCCUGUGUUUGUCUAAGAUGGUGUCGGAUGGAGAGAUCCUGUACGCUCUGCUGGAGAGAGCAUGUGAGGAUGGAGACGUGGACAUGGCAGAGUGUCUGAUUCAGCUGGGCGCCGACAUCAACAAGAAAACAAAGAGCGAUUCGCUCCUAUAUCAGGCGUGUGAUCGCGGGGCUCCCCUGGCUCUGCUGGAGCUUUUGGUUUCUUCAGGCGUUCAUGAGCAGCAUCUGCGUGGAGCACUGAGCGUGUGCGUGCGGAGGUCGGAUGAUCCUGCCGUCACCCUGAUCCUCCGCCGUCUGGGACUUGACCACACCAACAGCGCCCUGUGUCUUGGCAGCGUCCGCAUCGGACACAUGAAGGCCUCGUGGAUCAGCGCUCUGCUGUCUGAACGCAGGAGUCAGUCUACUAACACACACUACAGCAGUAAAGGUCAACGUUUGGCCAGACAGAUCUCAUUGCUCCAGAGGAAGAAGGGGUUUGUGGGAGUUAGCAGAUUAUCGAGUGAUGUCAGCACAUCAGGAUAUUUCACCGAUGAGGAAAGUGACGACUCGCACAUUUCCUUAGAGGACAGCUUGGUGUUUAUGUUCGAUGAGUUGGAGAGCGACGGCAGUGACGGGCCUCCACAUGGAUUCAUGCUAAUCAGUGAUUCUCCAGAAGUUAGCAGGAGACCCGUCUGGAGACGUCGCAGCCACAGCCGACGUACCAGUUCAGAGGGCUACCAUGGAGAGGCGGAUCCAAGUGUCCCCCACAACAGCAGAGGUCAGGUGUUCUCUGAGAGUUUCUCCAGUCCUGUGGUCCUGGAUAAAGACCCCGUGCGGCUGCUGGAUCUGUCGGGGAAUGAGCUGAAUGAUCUCUCCUGUCUGACGGAUCUGAACUCUCUCAAGAAACAGAUUGAAAACCUUCAUCGGCUCGAUUUGAGUGGCAACAAUCUGUCGCAGUUUCCCAGCAGUCUCUGUCAGAGUUUGCGUGGUCUGACUCGUCUGGAUCUGCAGGGUAACCAGCUGCAGUGUUUGCCAUCUGAACUGCUCAGUUUACCGGCGCUCCACACACUGAACGUGUCCCGCAACUGCAUCGGUCCACUCCUGCAGCUGGAGCCCGGCGUCUGCAGUCCAGCCCUGCGGCGCCUUAACCUCUCCUUCAACCAGAUCACCGUCUGCCCCUUCCAGCUGCGCAGCGCCACCCAGAGGCUGGAGGAGCUCUCGCUGGAGGGAAAUCAGAUCUCAGAACUCUCCCUCCCGCUCUGUCUGGCUGAGCUGAAGGUUUUAGACGUCAGUAAGAAUCAGGUUAAAAUAGUUUCAGACAACUUCCUUGCUGAAUGCCCCAAGAUGGAAACUUUCAUUGCUUCAGUUAACCAGAUCAGUUCACUGCCACACCUUCCCUCCAAAAUAACCACAGUGAAAUUAUCACACAACAGUUUCACCAGCGUUCCUGAAGUAAUCAUCAACUUGCCAUACUUGCGUUCGGUGGACAUGAGGAAUAACAGUGUUAGCCUUCUGCCGGGUCCGUCCGUCUGGCUGAGUGUAAACCUGAGAGAGCUGAUGUUCAGUCAUAAUCUCAUCUCAGCACUCGACCUCGGCGGCCCCGUGUACAAGUGGGCCCGACUGGAGAAGCUGCACUUAAGCUUCAAUAGACUCACCGAGAUUCCUCCUCAGAUCGGGAUGCUGGAGGACCUGACGUCUCUGGAUGUGAGCCAUAACGACGGUCUGCGCUCGUUCCCGGAUGAGAUGGGGAAGCUGGUGCAUCUGUGGGAUCUGCCUCUGGAUGGCCUGCAGCUCCAGCUGGACCUCAAACACAUCGGGAGCAAAACCAAAGACAUCAUCAGGUUCCUGCAGCAGCGUCUGAAGAAGGCCGUCCCGUAUCACCGCAUGAAGCUGAUGGUGUUGGGGGGCUCCGGCAGCGGGAAGAGCUCCUUAAUUCAGCAGCUGAUGAGACUCAAGCGCUCGCAGUGGAGAUCAGAUCCAGGCGUCAGCGUUCGGGACUGGCCAGUCAGGUGCAAAGACAAGAGGAACAUGAUGCUCAACGUCUGGGAGUUCUCAGGUGGUGAGGAGUGCAGCGGGAUUCAUCCUCACUUCAUGAGCUCCAGAGCUGUCUAUCUAGUGCUCUACGACCUGAGUAAAGGAGCCAGCGAGAUCCACGCCAUCAAACCCUGGCUCUUUAACAUUAAGGCUGUAGCGGGUCAAUGUCCAGUGAUUGUGGUGGGAACUCAUGCAGAUUUGUGUGAAGAGCGCCACCUGCAGGAAUGUUUGCUGAAGCUGCAGAAAGAGCUUCAGUCUCAGCCCGGGUUUCCGGCGAUCAGAGAAAACCACGUGUUGAGUGCCUGCGAGGAGUCCGAGUUGCUUGGUCGACUACGCAAAGCCAUCUACAGAGAACUCAUCGGGUUCAAGAUCCAGGGUCAGCCGGUGAUGGGUCAGCUGGUUCCAGACUGUUAUGUGGAGCUGGAGAAGAGACUCCUGCAGGAGAGAUCAUGCGCUCCGGCUGAUUUCCCAGUGCUCAGACACAGCAGACUGAUGGAGAUCUUGCAGGAGACACAGUUACAGCUGGAGGAGGGAGAGUUACCUCAUGCUAUACACUUCCUCAGCGAAGCCGGUGUCCUGCUGCACUUUGAUGAUCCAGUCCUUCAGCUGAAGGAUCUGUACUUCAUUGACCCACAGUGGUUUUGUAGCAUCAUCUCACAGACGCUGUCUCUGAGGAGCAGCGGUCCAUGGGACAGCACUAGAGGAGUGGUGCAGCGCUCCACCGUGGAGAAAUUUGUGGAGAAAAGCCGCUGUUUCCCAAAGCAUCACAUGACUCAAUACUUCAAACUGUUGGAGAAGUUUCAGAUAGCCCUGCCAUUCGGAGACGACCAGCUACUCAUUCCUAGCAGUCUGUCAGACCACAGGCCGGUGAUUGAGCUUCCUCACUGUGAGAAUUCAGAAGUAAUCAUUCGACUAUAUGAGAUGCCAUAUUUUCCGAUGGGCUACUGGUCCAGACAGAUCAGCCGUCUGCUGGAAGUGUCUGCCUUCCUGCUCUAUGGCAGAGAGAAAGCAUUAAAACCAAACCGGAUCUACUGGAGGAAGGGCAUCUAUUUGAGCUGGUCUGCUGAAGCUUACUGUCUGGUUGAGGCUUUGACUUUAGAAGAAAACCCGGCUAGUUUCAUCAAGAUCACCGUUCCUUGCUCUCGCAAAGGCCGUGUGUUGUUUGGGCAGGUGGUGGAUCACAUCGACUCUCUGCUGGAGGAAUGGUUUCCAGGCCUUCUCACCACUGACAUUCACGGCUGUGGAGAGACGCUGAUAAAGAAAUGGGCUCUGUACAGCUUCAGCGAUGGACAAAACUGCCAGAAGAUGCUACUGGAAGACCUGCUCUCCAGCAUCAACGCAGAUGGUUUGCUGGUGAACCCAGAGGACCCCAGCUGUACUUUACCCAUCUCUCAGAUUUCUCCAGACCUGGUACUGAGUGACCAGCCAUCCAGCACCAUACUGGACCCAGAGCAGCUGGAGAUGGAGCUCACUGCAGAGUAUAUGUUGGGGGAUGGAGGUUUCGGGUCAGUAUAUAAAGCCGUGUACAAGAACGAAGAAGUUGCGGUCAAGAUUUUUAAUAAACAUGCGUCUGCGCUGUAUGUUCAUCGUCUGGUACGACAGGAACUGGCAGUACUUGGCAGACUCUGUCACCCUAGUUUGGUGGGACUUUUGGCCGCUGGUUGUAACCCACACAUACUUGUGAUGGAGCUCGCUCCGUAUGGCUCUCUGGACUCGCUGUUUGAGCGUGAAAAUGGCAGCUUAAGUCGAAAGUUACAGCACAGGAUUGCACUACAUGUGGCUGAUGGUCUCAAAUAUUUGCACUCGUCUAUGAUCAUCUACCGAGACCUGAAGCCGCACAACGUUCUGCUGUUUAACCUGAAGGCGGACGCUGAGAUCGUCGCUAAAAUCACAGACUACGGCAUCGCGCAGUACUGCUGCAGUAUGGGCGUCCGCAGCUCUGAAGGAACUCCAGGUUUUCGAGCCCCUGAGGUGGCUCGAGGAAACGUCAUCUAUAACGUCCAGGCGGAUGUUUAUUCAUUCGGUCUGCUGCUGUAUGAUCUGUUAACAUAUGGCGAGCGGAUCUCUGACGGCAUGAAGUUUCCCAGUGAGUUCGAUGAGGUGGCCGUGCAAGGGAAACUACCAGAUCCAGUGAAGGAUUACGGCUGUUCUCCAUGGCCUGAGAUUGAGUCUCUGAUGAGGGAUUGUAUGAGAGAAAACCCUCAGGACAGACCGACGUCUGCUCAGGUGUUUGAUCGUCUGAACUCUGCAGAGAUGUUGUGUCUGAUGCGAGAGCUGAACGUCGUGGGUUUUCCAGGCGAGUGUUUUGUCGUGUCCAAUUCAGGCGGAGCUGCAAACGGAGGUAAAAACCCUCAUGUGUGGAUCGGUGGCGGCAGCAGCAGCCAGAAACUGGGCUGUGUGACUGCGGUGGAUCUUGAGACAGGCGGGAGUUUGAACCAGGAGCUUGACCGCAGCCCUAUCCUCUGCAUGGUGAUCAUCAGAGCGGCAGACUCGUGCAGUGAUUGGUUAGUGGCUGGUUCAGAGUCCGGAUCGCUCUUUAUCAUGGACACUACUAAUGCAGAAGUCCUGCACCGUCUGAAGAGUGUGAAGGACUCAGUGACGUGUCUGUACUUUCACACUGAGCUUCAGCACAGAUGUCUGAAGAGUUAUCUUUUGGUGGGGACAGCAGACGGGACACUGGUCAUUUAUGAAGAUUCAGCCCUGAAGGUGGAGAACGGUGGUCCGGUGAAGACGCUGGAGGUUGGAGAUGUAAACACUCCGCUGAUGUGUCUGGGUCCGUCCAGUCAUCCUCAGGAGCGCAGAUCGCUGUGGGCCGCCUGUGGGACCAGGAUCAUCCUAUUCACUGUCGAAUUCGACGUCAGUAGAAGCAUCGACACCAAACCCAAACCGAUUUUCCCGCUGCAGGCUCGGGUCAGCAGUGAGGCUUGUAUAUCACGGUUAGCGGUGGACAAACACGUGUAUGUGAGUAAAACCGGAAGCCACACUGUGGAGGUCUGGGACAAGAAGACUGAGAGGAUGGUGAACCUCAUCGACUGCAUGCAGUUACUCGGAUUAAGUUCCUCCAGAAAGCCCAAAGUUCAUUCAGAGGACCAGUCUAGACCGAUGCUGCCAUCUUUAGCGAUUGUGAAAGCCUUAUUGGUCCAGCACAGUGGGACUCUGUGGAUCGGGACGAGAGCGGGACACAUUUUGUUGGUGGAGGUUUCCAGUUGUCAUCUGUUACAGACCAUCAACCCUCACUGCCACUCCAUUCGCUGCAUGGGCUCCAUACUUCUAGACACGCUAAACCGAAAGAAUGUCAUUCUAGUGUUGGGUAGACGGCAGCGCACACCAAUAGAGCAGAUCAAAACACAAUCAGCCGAGGACUCUGUGCUGACGCUCUGGAGCAGUUCUCUUCCUCUUGAGGCUCGAGAUCUGAUGCGACACUGUGAGCUCCGAGACAAAACCACCCGCAGAAUGAGAGAAACGCUGCUUAAUUAAACACCAUCUCCAUACAAAAACGUCAGAAUGAAUCCACCAUCGACAACUCGGUCAAAAUAAACAGCAUCAGGUGAAUGUGUGCACAAAAAACCUAAUUCCAACAUGUAGCUGAGCGUGGAAAGCUUUAAAAAGGCGAUGGCUCACUCAAAAAUGAAAAUUACGUCAUUAUUUAAUUGUCACAAACCCGUUAGACUGACUUUCUUCAGUUGAACAUGAAAUAAGAUAUUUUGAGGAAUGCUGACAACCUGUAACCAUUGUCUUCCAUGCUGUUUUUCAUACUAUGGAAGUCAAUGGUUACCGGUUUUCAACAUUUUUCAAAAUAUCUCCUUUCGUGUUUAACAGAAGAAUCUCUAACAGAUUUGGAACCACUUGAGGGAGAGUAAAUACACUAAUACAAUCAUAAACUCAUAAAAAAUGUGCUGAAACAACACAAGUCUUGGGAAAACUUACUUUAUUUACUUACGUUUUAUGUUCAACACACUUCAAUUUAAGUUAGCUUAAUCGAUUUGUGUCAGGACAACUUGAAUGUAUUGUAUUUUUGCUUCCAGUGCAGCGAGUACAUCUCAUUUUUGGGUGAACUGUCCCUUUAAGAGCGUGUUUAAAAUGUCUCAGAGCAGCUUUUAAUGCGACCACAGCUUUACUAGUCACGAAAAGGGACCCCCAAAUCCAUUUCAGCUUCUUUAAAUAGUCAAGGGAAACAUUUAUUGUGGUGAACAUAUCUCAAAUGUAGCUCGUAUAUCUCAAAUGUAGCUGCGUUUGGAUUGUAUGGAGGCUCAUAUGAGGACGGACCCAAAACAGCACUUCAUUAUUUUAGCUUUGUUAUUUUGUAGUAUUUAUUUAUUAUUGGUAUAAAGCCAUAAGAAGAGGAGACGGCCAUAUACAGUGCAUCUGUAAUAAUACAUUACAGCACAGUCAUCAUUUUCCUAUUCAUUUACAUUAAUGGAUCAUACAUUAAUAAUUAAAACACCAAUGCUGGUAGCGAGAUUGCUAAUGAAGGCAAUAUAAUAUAUCAUAUGAUGAUAUUAUAUCAUUUGUGGAGACAAUCCAUUGCUAAGACUUGAGGAAUUCACAUUAAGCUAAUAAACCACACUACACAAUCUCUGAUUUAUUAUAAUCAUGUUAUUUAUGAUGUCCACAGCGAGCCAGUGAUUGAUGAUUUCUUCGUUUUAUUAAUCAACUUCAUGAAGUUGAGCACAAACAUUAUAACUGGAGCAUAAGCCAUAGAUUAAAGGCGAUGAUGAUUAUUUUUUUGGGUACCAAUAUGACCCUGAAUGUAAUUAUUAUGCUGAUUCAUAUGUGAACGCUGCAUGCCAAGUAUGUUUUUAAUAAAGCUGUCAUUUUGUAUGA